GCCAUCUUUUUUCACGCGCGCAAAGUUUACAAGUUGAAAGAAAAAAAAAACAACAAGAAAUGUCGAGAAUCUCAAUUUUUGGUCUUCUUCUGGUUCUGUUGUUGGUAUUCAAUUUGGCUCUUGGAGCUGGGGAAAGCAGAUAUAAAGGAUCACAGAUAAUCCGCCAAAAGCGUCAAUACCUUGGUUAUCCAUACGGAAUGGGCAUGGGAAUGCCCUAUAGCUAUGGAUAUGGAUACAAUCCAUAUAUGAUGUACCGCCCGCAUCCAAUGUAUGGAGGAAUGCCCUACUAUCGGCCAUAUGGUUUCUGGGGAAAAUGAAGAAAAUCAAUGAAUAACUGUUUCAAAUGAAUAAUUCAUUUUUUGGUUCAAUUUUAUCGGAAAUCUUAAAGAAUAAACUACGUUUUUU